AUGAGUCUAAUAUUAUGUUUGGCGCGCAAGCAAUAUCGCGCCACAAUUCUAGAGCACAAUAAAAGGAUUUUUGUGAAACUUGAACGACAGCUAGUCUCCGACUGGCUGCCAAUCGGUGAAAAGUACCUUCCUGGGGUGUGUCGCACAGACGUUUGUAUCGCUGCACUAGGAGAGUAUGUGCUUAUUUACGAUGGUAGUAGCGAUGUUCUCUUCGUUCUUGAUACAAAGCUCAACUUUAUAACUUGUCUCAGGGGAGCCCUGCAGCUUGACUUGACAAAGGCCUCUCCAAUCCGUUACAGAUCUUUCUUCUUGCUCACUGAAGAAAGCCGUCUGGUGCUGCUCUAUGAAAAGUUCCACAGGAAGCACAAUAUGACCCAUCGCUGUGUUGUCCAAGGUGAGUUUGUCUACAUCUCUACUACCACUCCCACUAUGCUGUUAGAGCCAUGCAUGACCACUCCAUGUCUUACUUUUCAAUCAUACACUGAAACAGAAAUAUGCAACUACAGCAAGAUAAGGGGGGCAGCCCUCUGUGAUGGUACCAUUUAUGCCCUCGUCAAAGAGCCCUUAGCGCCAAAGUACUCCGUCGCUGUGUAUUCUGCUCUCAAGUCUACUAAGGUCAGUGUGCCUAGUUGGAACGUGAUCCUUCGCAACGUUGGACUUAUGCACUUCUUUGUUUAUAAGCACCAGCUGUUUGCUUUAGAAUUUGACGUCUAUAACUCAGUAAUUUACCACUUCGUUCCAGGAGAACCGUACAGAAUCCAGUAUGUCUGCACGAAGAUACCGCUUCAGACGGAAAAGCGGAAGACUAGCAUAUAUGCCAAUAAAGGCUUCAUUUACACUGACUCUGACAAGCUUUUGUUACGGUUAAAUAAGUUUAUCUUUGUUUAG